AUGCCUCGCCAAACCAGACGUUCUGCUCCUGCUCAACAAACCCGUCAAGCACACACCAUGCCUGCUCGUCAAGCACCUCCCCCACCUGCUCCUAAGCCUGUUCAACAAGCUCCUGCUCCUCAACAACACGCCAUGACUCCUGCUCCUGCUGCUGCUCCCCCUGCUCUUGCUCAAGCUGCUCCUCAACAACCUGGCUUGUUUGCUCAAAUGGCCACAACUGCUGCUGGUGUUGCUGUUGGUUCUGCUGUUGGUCACACUUUGGCCAAUGGUGUCUCCUCCAUCUUUAGCGGUAGUUCUUCUGAACCCGAACAACCUCAACAACCUCAACAACCUCAAUAUCAACCUCAACAAUAUCAACAACAAUAUCAAGCUCCUCAAGGCAAUGCUUGUGAAGCUGAUGCUAAGGCUUUCACUAGCUGUCUUGAAGCUAACAACAAUGAUUUCGGUGCCUGUCAAUGGUACCUUGAAGCCCUUAAAUCUUGUCAACAAAUGGCUUCUAGAUAUUAA